GCAUACCCUGGUCUCUAUAUGGUUCUUCGUGGCCAAUCCUCGCGCACGGCCCGUGCGUAUCGUAUAUCAUGAGACUUGGAAGCGAAGAUGUCGUGGCCUUUCUGUGCGGUGAGAUCACAAUCUGUCUCCGAGUUUCCACGGACUUCGCUCCAUGCUACCCUCUCCAUUUGAAUAUUUGUUCAAGCCAUUUUCGCCGUGUUCUUCCUAUAAAACCCUCCACAGACACAGAAUGGUACUGCGCAAACAAUGGAGAAUAUUACGCUCUUCCUCAGCACUUUCCUUGUGAUUGCUCUCUCAGCCCUGUUAUCGAGAAGGAGAUGUAACGUUGUCAAGCAGCUCCGCGGUCCCCCUUCGAACUCUUGGCUCUUUGGCCAUGAAUACAUGACGCAGCACCAAGACCAAGUCGGCGACCUAGAGUAUUCUUGGUAUCGUGAAUACGGUCCUGCUUAUCGAUCAGCUGGUUGUUACGGUCAAGAUAUAUUGGCUAUCGCCGAUCCGAAAGCUUUGCAGUACAUCACACAAGGCGCUGGCUAUCGUUACCCCAAAACGGCCGAUUUUGAAUUCAACCUCAAUAUUCUUUUGGGACUGGGAAUCGUUACCGCUGCUGGCUCCGUUCAUCAGCGGCACAGAAAAGUCAUGAACCCUGCGUUCUCUGCCGGACGGCUGCGAACCUUUUUGAGUCUUUUCCAGCGUACUUCGAGACAUUUUUCUCGGAAGCUCACCAACUUGAUCGAAGGAGGGCAACCGACCUUGAAUAUUAAUCUGUGGCUUGGAAAGCUGACUUUGGACAUCAUUGGCGAGACUGCUUUUGGAUACCAGUAUGGUGGAAUCGAUAACGAUGACAACGAGUUAACCAAAACGCUGAACAAUUUAUUUCAUGAUGCAGGCGUCUUACCGAGUAGGGCUGCUGUACUGAUCUCAGCGCUUCCACGUGUCCUCCCAACCCCCUUGCUCUACCUUAUUAAUCUUAUUCCAUCCCGCUUAAAGAAACGCUAUGCGGAUUUCAAUGUCGUCAUGAAAGAGAUAGGGCGGGACGUCCUCAAGCAGAAUUUCGAAGGGGGUGUCGCUUCGUCUACGGGAAAGGAUAUUCUGAGUAUUCUAGCUCGUGCUAACGCUGAUGAAGAAGAGAAGAAACGCUUGAGCGACGAUGAAGUGCUUGCUCAAGUAAUCACGUUGACUAUGGCAGGGCACGAAACUACGGCGUCCACACUUACAUGGCUUCUAUUUGAGCUAUGCAACCAUCCUGAACAACAAGAGCGUAUUCGGCAAGAAAUUGCUGACGUCCGUACCCGAGUUGGAGUAGAAGACGAACUCUCCUCGACGGACUACGAUAGUAUGCCUUUCAUGAACGCUGUAAUUAAGGAAACCCUUCGUCUUCAUCCUAUCCUUCCGGCGAUGAUGCGAGUAGCAGGUUCCGAUGAUGUCAUCCCUCUCCUGGAGCCGGUCACCACCUCGAAGGGGGCCAAACUAAAUGAAAUACCUGUGAAGAAAGGCCAGCUCAUUCAAAUGGGAUUCGGCUACUACAAUCGCCAUCCCACUGUAUGGGGGCCAACUGCUAAUGUAUGGAAUCCGGACCGUUUCUUGGGCGAACUCGAUAAAACAACUCCCGUUGGUGUUUAUGCUAACGUCUUAUCCUUCAGCUCCGGUGUCCGUUCAUGCAUUGGCUGGCGUUUCGCUGUAAUGGAAAUGCAAGUCGCCGUAUUCGAACUCCUGGAAUCCUUCAAAUUCUCGUUCCCCAAGGAAGAUCUCCAAAUCAAGCGCCAGCCUGCUUUUAUCAUGCUUCCAAUGGUUCGCGACGAGAUGUCUAAAGGAACACAGAUGCCGUUGCAUCUCACUCCUAUUAAGAGGGAGAUGAUUUGAUAGUAGUUUAGGUUUAGAAUGAAGCCGCUCAUGUACAGCACGAUGAUUCCGUUAUGAUAAGAAAUGACGACGAUUACCUGCAGUUUGCACUGCCAUUCAUAUUGCUCCAUGGCGGGUGGGAAAAACAACCGGCAGAGUCCGAAAACAG